AUGUUCAUCUCGGAGUAUAAGAAGGUUGAGAAAAUAGGUAAAGGGGCAUAUGGAAUAGUCUAUAAGGCAAUACACAAAGAAACUGGAAAGGUUGUAGCUAUUAAAAAGAUUAAACCAAGUGAUAAUAAUGAGGGAAUACCAGCAACUACAAUUAGAGAAACAAUUAUUUUAAAGAAUCUUAAACAUGAAAAUAUAAUCGGACUUGAUGAAGUUUUGCAUGAUAAAGACAAUAUUUAUUUAGUAUUUGAGUAUAUUGAUUCAGAUCUUAAAAAAUUGAUUGAAAGAAAAAGAGAAUCAAAGCAGCAUUUUAACAUUGAUAUUGUAAAAUCACUUUGUAAACAAUUAGUAGAAGCAGUAACGUAUUGUCAUAAUAAAGGUGUAUUUCAUAGAGAUAUUAAACCACAUAAUAUAUUAAUAAAUUACGAUAUGAAACUAAAGUUGGCAGAUUUUGGUUUAUCUAGAUCAAUAAGCAUACCAAUGAGAGCAUACUCAUUAGAAAUUGUAACAUUGUGGUACAGACCCCCUGAAAUAUUACUGGGAACUGAAUAUUACGAUGCUUCAAUUGAUGUUUGGUCAUUAGCCUGUAUUAUGUAUGAAAUAUACACAACAGAGGUACUAUUUAAGGGAGAUAGUGAAAUAUCACAACUAGAAAUGAUUACAAAAGUUCUAGGAAGUCCCAAUCCUGAAAACUGGCCAAAUGUAAAAAAUAUGCCAAAAUACAAAGAAUUGAAAUUAAAUAACAACCUACCCAUGGGUCUUAAUUUAGAUGAUCCUCUUUUAGAAGACCUACUACUUCAAAUGUUAGAGUAUGAUCCACUUAAUAGAAUAACAGCAGAAGAAGUGCUAUCUCAUGAUUUUUUUAACUAA